CUUGAAUUCUCUGUUAUAUUUACAGUGCUCCCACUAUGCUUCAGGCCACUGAAAACUAAAAGAAAGUCUGAAACAAUUUCAACAACCACCUUAAAUGCAAAUUAAGAAAGAUCUUUAUGGAUACUUCAGGUCUAAUGAGAUAACUAAAAGUGUCUCACUCAUUAAAGCAAUACUGCAGGCUACAGAAUCACUAAUCAAAAGGAUCCAGUUAAUGGUUAGAGUAAAGAAGCACAAGAGAAAAUACUGAUGCCCAAAGAAUGAAGUUUCUCUCAACGUUAAAGGAAGAGGGAAAAUAUACAUAAUAUAUCAAUAAAAGUUUAACAGCAUUGCAAAUAACGGGAUUUUAACAAUCAUGCUAGGAAGUACCAAAAGGGUUUAAAGUACUGCUUUUGUAGACAGUAAAAUGCCAGCCAGUAACAAAAGAAAGCUUUCUAAAGAGCCCUCAGAUCUCAUAGCUUGCUGGUCAUUAGGGGCAUAGCCACUGAAUUUUCAAUAAGAGCCUCUUUACAUCUUCAACCGCAUUGAGAAGAGAGAGAGAGAGAGAGAGAGAGAGAGAGAGUAAGAAGUGGUGUGGAAUUUUCAAUAAGAGCCUCUUUACAUCUUCAACCGCAUUGAGAAGAGAGAGAGAGAGAGAGAGAGAGAGAGAGAGUAAGAAGUGGUGGUGGUGGUGAUGGUAACAGCAGCAAAAAUGUCAAAAAAAAGCUCCAAUGUGAAAAUUCACGGUACCACUUCCCAGAAUAAAAUUUUCCAUCAUAGGGCAAAAGCAAUCAAUACAAUUCUUAAAAGUCAAAAUUUGGGUCUUAAGCAACUGUACAACCAGUAGUAAAAGAAGUAACUCAAAGAAACAAACCCAAACCAACAAAACAUCCACAUUUGCUGAUAAAAUUCACAUUAAAAAAAAAAAAAAAAAAAGACUUCCGAAAGUCAUUCACCCACGCGUCCCGGUGAAUGUCAUCUUCCUAAUACAUCAUCUUCAACAAGAAACAACUCUCAAAAAAAAAAAAAAAAAAAAAAAAAAAGAAAGAGAAAAAAACCUCCAAAAGUCUUUCACAACAAUGGCAGAAUACCUGUUAACAAGAUUAGCAGUGUCGGUAUUAUCCCAAACAGUACAAAGAAUUUCUGAAUUUCUCACCCAAGAAGCUGCAUCCUUGAGGAGUGUGAGGAAUGAUGUGGUGCUCUUGCAAGAUGAGUUGAGAUCCCUUAAAGGCUUCGUAAGAGAUGCAGACUCCAAGCAAGAGCAUGAACCGCGCCUCCGAGAGUUGGUACUACAAGUCAAGGAUGUAGCUUCUGAAGCAGAGGAUGUUAUUGAGACUUACAUCCAUAGAGUUUCCUCCUCUUACAUCAAAGCUUUUCAUAAUAAAAGAGUUCGGGCCCAACUCAGCUUCGUCCGGGAGAGGAUCAAAGUCAUCUUUUCAAGUAUGCAGACUUAUGGGAUCGCAUCUGUUGCUGCUGGAGAGGCCGGGACGACUAGUUCAAUGGCCGAGCUGCAGCAGAGUUUGAGAAGAUCAUCCCCAAAUGAAGACGAUAACGAUGUUAUAGCCUUGGAGCAAAGCACCAGGGUUUUAACAGCUGAACUGACUAAGAAGGAAGAUCAGCUCCGCAUCGUCUCUGUACUGGGCAUGGGCGGUUUGGGUAAGACCACUCUUGCCAAGAAAGCGUUUAAAAGUGUUAAACAACAUUUUGACUCUGCUACUUGGGUAUUUUUAUCUCAAAGAUUUGUCCCAAAAGAUGUUUUCCUUGAAAUCUUGACCCAAAUUUUGGGAAAAGAUAAAGAUACAAUAGAGAAAUUGAAUGCUUUGAAAGAGCAUGAUUUAAUUGAAUUGCUUAAGGAAGAGCUCAAGGAGAAGAGGUAUCUGGUGGUACUUGAUGAUAUAUGGACGAUUGCAGCUUGGGAUUCUAUAAAACGUGCUUUCCCACAAGGAAAGAACGGAAGCAAGCUUCUUUUUACCACUCGCAAUAGGGAAGUAGCAACGUCUGCUGGUCCUUCAAGCCCCCCAAUUGAACCUCGUGUUUUGACAUCGGAAGAGAGUUUCGAGCUUCUACGACGAAAAGCAUUUCCAAGCGGAGGUUGUCCACCACAAUUUGAGGAGUUGGGAAUGCAGAUGGCUAAAAAAUGUGGAGGACUACCUCUUGCAGUGAUCGUACUUGGAGGCUUGUUGAGUACAAAAAGUUCAUUGGUUGAAUGGGAGAGGGUGUUGGGAGACGUAAAUUCGUACUUGAACAAAGUGCAAUCACAUCAACAAUACGAAGGAGUGAAUGAGAUAUUAGCGUUGAGCUACUAUGAUCUGCCUUACUACUUGAAAUCCUGUUUUCUAUAUUUGGGCAACUUCCCGGAGGAUUCUGAAAUAUCCAAAAAAAAAUUGAUCCGAUUAUGGAUAGGAGAAGGAUUUAUACCGACACUGACAAGAUCAGGAGAUACAAAACAAAGAUCAUCAGAACAAGUAGCGGAAGGAUAUUUGGAAGAGCUGAUCGGUAGGUGCAUGGUUCAGGUGGACAAACAGGACCAUACUGGAAUAUCAGGUGUCAAGACAUGUCGGAUGCAUGAUCUUAUGCGAGACCUGUGUAUAUCCAAGGCCACAGAGGAAAACUUUGCUCAGGUUAUCCAGCAGAGCAGCAUGUGGAUUGAUGGGUCUGCAGCUUCUUCAUCUGAAUACUUGGGUGGUAGUCAUUCCCGAAGACUUGUCAUUCAUCCCGGUGUUCAUCUUCAAUAUCACAAAGCACAUUGGGCAUGCAUCACUUUUUUCAAAAAGCUUGUUUCCAAGAAUAAUCCUCAAUCUUCUUCUUCUUCUUCGGUGGACUCCAAUUGGGUGGAACAUGUACAUUCUAAUCUACGUUCUCUUUUGUGUUUUGGUGGAAUUCUUCCUUUAUGGGCAUUAAAUUCCUGCAAUUUUAGAAUGUUGAGAAUGUUGGAAAUUCCAGUUGUUGGUGCGUCUGGUGAAAUUAUAGUUGUUGGAGGCUUGGGUAAUUUAAUUCACUUGAGAUAUUUGCGUCUCGACGCCAUGGAUAAUGACAUCACACUGUCAUCCUCCAUAGGUAAUCUGCGAAAUCUACACAUACUAGAUAUUAAGAGAUGCCAGCGUGUCAGAGGAUCAGUGGGCAUGAUAUCAAGAUUGAUCCGUUUGAGACAUCUGUUACUUCCUUAUUACAUUGAGUAUCAGAAUGAUUUUCGAAUAGAUAAACUAAAAGACAUUGAGACUCUAAAGCAUAUACCAGCUUUUGUGUUGGCUAGAUCAUACCUUGAACUACACAAAUUGACUAAUCUUCGAAAGAUAUCGAUAGUCUUUUAUAGUCAUGUUGAAGAUGUUGAAGGUGAUGUGAGAAGGGUGUUGGGGUCCCAAAUCGUUCGAUCAGGCCGCCUAACAUCCUUGAAAAUAUUGAUAUACAGCAUGGAAGCUGGAUUUCCAAGUCUGGAAUCACUUUCGUCAUGUCAUAGUCUCUCUAAAUUAGUUUUGAAUGGGAAGAUGAAAUUCCAACAACAACAAGGAUUAAUACAUCUUCCACAAAGCCUUACCAAAUUGACUCUAACGUGGUCUAAGAUGAAGCAGGACCCAAUGCCAGUGUUGGAGAAUGAGCUACCAAAUUUAAGGUUUCUUAUGCUUGGUAGUAAAGCAUAUGUUGGUUCUAAAAUGGUUUGCUCUGCCCGUGGAUUUCCAAACUUAGACACUCUUCAACUCUCAGGCUUACCCCAUUUAAGAGAGUGGAUAGUAGAGAAAGGUGCGAUGCCGAGUCUCAAGAAAUUAAUAAUUGUAGAUAUUACCGAAUUAGAGAUGAUUCCAGAAGGCUUGGAAUUUGUGACUUCCCUCAAAGAAUUGGAAAUUGGUAGGAUGAGGAAUUCCUUCUGUGAGAAGCUUCAAGUGAAAACCAGAAUUGAAGGGCAAGAUUACUACAAAGUCUGACACAUACCCUCCAUCUCUUUUAAAGAUAUUCAAGAGGAUAUUGAAGAUUAAUUUAUAUACUGAAUGGGAGGAUCACUACAAAGCCAAACACAUACCCAUCUAUCUCAUCCAUUUUUAUUUUUUUUUUAUUAGAUAGAACGUUUUAUUUGCUUUUUUUCUUUUUUUGUUUUUUAUUGUUAUUAUAUUAUAUUGUACAUAUAUUAAAAAUUAAUUUUAUAUUUUUUUUUCAAUA